AUGGCUGCGCGGCUUGAUUCCGACAGGGACUCAGACGAUGGCUUUCAAGACUUUUUGAAUGAAGACGAGGAGAAGGAAACGCUGCUGAGUCAAGAAAGUGUGGCUCUGGAACGUCGAAUGAAGACGAUGGGCAUUCGGGACGGUCUGGAGCUCGGCAAAGAAGGAACGCUGCAAGAAGGCUUUGACCAAGGAUUUGCAGAGGGAGCGAUACGCAGUUUUGGCCUUGGAAGACUCCGGGGCGCAUUGGCGACGGCGGCAGCCUGUGGCCUUUUUGACGGGAUGACCAUGACGCAAGCAUGGACUUGCAUGUCUCAAUUGAGGACACUCGAGAAGGACACUAGCCAAAAUGAUGUCCACACUGAAAAUGUCACGGAACCUGAAGUACUUGCCGAGGACCUGCUGACGAGUAUCAAAGUGGACCUACAAACGUCCUCCAAAAAAUAUUUGUAG